AUUUUUUCCCAUCAGUCUCCAGUAUCAAGGUCAUCUCAACUUCACAGUGGGCGACCAUGAACACGGCACCGACAUCUCGACUGGGCCAAUUGCCCAGCUACGUACGGAUAUGGGUGCGAUACGGCCAUUUCGGCAAGAAGAAGGAUGGCAGAGGAUUUCCUCCACCUGAGGGACAUGGGGAGGAUAUCUGGGUAUUUGGCCACAGAAGAACGAACCAAAUUAUUUACAGCUUUGAUAAGACGCUAAACGGUUUCCACGAUCUUAAGCAACUCCCAUUCAAUGGUAAAAAGACAAAACCCGCCAAACUUCGAAAAGACUACUGGUCUCCCUUCGCACACAUCUCCUUCCCCGCCGGCCAAGGCUCCAUCGGUCGGUCUGUCUUCCAAAAAUUGCGCGAGUUGAAGCACCUGCACGAGGUAGCAUGGGACGACGACUUUCGAUAUAAGAACCCCGAAGAGUUCAGUGAAGCCGAUCGCAAGCGAGUGGCCAAGCAGCAGGAGAAGGGCAACAUGGAUCAUCGUCCCAUCCGAACCAGAGAGGAGCGCGGCGUUGCUCUCAAUGCCCAGAAGCCAAACUCCAUUGCCGACAUAGCGUCUGUUCUGGGCGGCGCUGGCCGCGGCAACAAAAUCGUUCUAUCAGAAGAUGCUGAGGGUGCUGAGAAGAAGCUCUUGGAUGUUAAGGUAAACUGGGCGAACGACCAGGACAGGGAGUACGCCCAGAAGUGGUCUGGAAAUGUUACACAUGGUCUGUUCGAAAAGCCGAGCUACAUUUCGAACGAGCCCGAGAAGAAGGAGGAGAAGGCACCGGAGCCAGUGGCUGAAUGAAGAACUCAAGGAGAAGAUUGAAAUGAACUAAAAGCCUCAGGAGAUGGCAUAGAAGGUGGUUGGGUUGGAGAUUGAGUCUUCCACGAACAUCCAGGCCCUCAUACUUCAGUCAUUAUUACGCGUGUUCUACCUCCAUUGUAUAAAAUGUGUAUUUUGGACUCCAUCGGAUUGGACCAUGUGGAAAGGUGUGUCAUCGAGUGUCUGGAGACUUAAAAAGGACAUUCCUCAGACAGUUGGCA